CGCCAAAAUGAGCUCGACAGAGACAAAAGAGGAGCGCAAGGCACGCCGCAAGGCCGAGAAGGAGGUCAAGGCCGCUGCCGCUGGCGCUGGGGACGACACCGAGCCCAAGGAGGAGACCAAGGAUGAGCGGAGGGCGCGCCGGGCGGCGAAGAAGGCUGCCAAGGCUGCUGAGGAGGUGAAGGAGGUUGAGGCGGAGGAGGCCGGCGACAAGAAGGAGAAGGGCGACAAGAAGGACAAGAAGGAGAAGAAGGACAAGAAGGACAAGAAGGACAAGAAGGACAAGAGCGACAAGGUCGACAAGAAGGACAAGAGGGACAAGAAGCGGAAACGCGACGGCGACGACGCCGACGCCGCCCCCGCUGAGACCAUCACCACCUCCGAGCCCACAGAAGCGGUCCCCGCCGAAGCCAAGCCCCCGAAGCGGCCAAAAGGCAGCAAGAAGGCCAACGCGGCCAAGCUCGCGGCGGGCGUAACGACGCUCUCGGCCGACGUGUUCGCCGACCCCACCCUCUCCGACGCAGCGAAGAAGGGCAUCGCGUACGCGCAGGCCUUUGCGGCGAAAGACACGAGCGGGUGGAAGUUCCAGAAGGCCAAGCAGGGCUGGCUGCUGCGCAAUGUCUUUAGCAGCGCCGAAGUGACCGACGCGUAUGUCGACGUCGUGAUCGGCUACCUGGUCACUGUUGUCGGUGGCGCGCGGGCGGCGCUCGUUAGCAGGGCUAAGGAUGUGCGGGACGGGAAGAAGGUCGAGGAGAAGGAGGAGGAGGAGGCCAAGCCCGAGGCUGGGGACAAGGAGGCACCAGCCGAGGCUGCCGACGCCGAGGCCAAGAAGGGCGCCGAGACGGCAACUGCACCCGCCGCACCCACGCCGGCUGAUGAGGAGGCCGAGGCCGCCGCUGCGGUCGCCAAGUCGCGCGCUGAGCGCCUCCUCGCCGCCAUGGGCGAGGCAUGAGCCGGUAUCACUAUGCAAUGCACUACUACAUG